CACAAGACCGAAACAUUAAGAGAGAAAGGCAAAAUCACUGUCAAAAGCCUAAAGACCAAAUUUCCGAUUUUCUCUCCUCCGAAGAAAUCCAGUAAAUACCAUGAUUCUAGCUUCACUCUACUUCUUCUUCUAGGGUUCGUUCGUCUUCUGGAGCUGUUGCGCAAUGCCGCUGGCUUACACAUUUCCAGUUCUCCCUUCUUCUUGUCUGCUUUGCGCAAUCUCUAAUCGCGGCACCAGCUUCGUCGUUGAUCGCCCGGAGCUUCAGAUCUCAGGUCUCCUCGUCGUUCGUUCUGAAUCCGGUGAAAUCUUCGGUUCUGGUUUAUCUUUGCGGCGGUUUCAGCGUGAAGGACGGAGGAGGCUGAAUGCUGGUGGUGGUGGUAUCCAUGUCGUGGAAAAUGCGCCAUCUCGUACUUCUUCCCUCGCUGCAUCUACCUCGGCAAUCGAAAUCCCGGUUACGUGUUACCAGCUUAUCGGAGUUUCUGAUCAAGCUGAGAAAGACGAGGUGGUGAAGUCGGUUAUAAAUUUGAAAAAAGCUGAUGCUGAAGAAGGUUAUACAAUGGAAGCUGCUGUAGCUCGCCAGGAUCUUCUCAUGGAUGUUAGGGAUAAACUUCUUUUUGAACCAGAAUAUGCUGGUAACCUGAAAGAAAAGAUCGCUCCUAAAUCUCCUCUUAGAAUUCCGUGGGCAUGGUUGCCUGGUGCUCUUUGCCUUCUUCAAGAGGUUGGACAAGAAAAACUCGUGCUGGAUAUUGGCCGGGCUGCUCUCAGGAACCUUGAUUCGAAGCCAUAUAUUCAUGAUAUAUUUUUAUCUAUGGCACUUGCUGAGUGUGCGAUUGCGAAGGCUGCUUUCGAGGCUAACAAGGUCUCUCAAGGAUUUGAAGCUCUUGCUCGUGCUCAAUGUUUUCUGAAGAGUAAAGUUACUCUUGGGAAACUUGCAUUGUUAACUCAGAUUGAGGAGUCACUAGAGGAGCUUGCACCUCCUUGCACAUUGGAUCUACUGGGCCUGCCUCGCACGCCGGAAAAUGCAGAGAGGAGGCGAGGUGCAAUUGCAGCGUUAGGCGAACUGCUCAGACAGGGCCUUAGUGUUGAAGCUUCAUGUCAAAUUCAAGACUGGCCAUGCUUUUUGAGCCAGGCGAUCAGUAGGUUAUUGGCCACAGAGAUUGUCGAUCUUCUUCCAUGGGAUGACUUAGCCAUUACACGGAAAAAUAAAAAAUCACUCGAAUCCCACAAUCAAAGAGUGGUAAUUGAUUUUAAUUGUUUCUACAUGGUGUUACUUGCUCACAUCGCUGUUGGAUUUUCAGGCAAGCAAAAUGAAACGAUUAAUAAAGCAAAAACAAUAUGCGAAUGUCUCAUAGCAUCAGAAGGUGUUGAUCUGAAAUUUGAGGAAGCUUUUUGCUCAUUUCUUCUAAAACAGGGUUCCGAGGCAGAGGCCCUGGAAAAACUUAAGCAGCUGGAAUCAAAUUCAGACUCUGCCGUUCGUAAUUCGAUCCUGGGGAAAGAGUCGAGAAGUACUUCUGCUGCUCCAUCACUGGAAGUGUGGCUUACGGAGUCCGUGCUUGCUAACUUUCCAGACACAAGGGGUUGUUCUCCAUCAUUGGCCAAUUUUUUUCGGGGUGAAAAGAAAUAUCUAGAAAACAAGAAAAUGGGGUCACCUUCGAUCAUGAAUCACAAGACAAACCAAAGACCGCUUUCCACAACGCAGUUCGUGAACUCGUCACAACAUCUUUAUACAGCUGUCGAGCAGUUGACACCAACAGAUUUGCAGAGCCCAGUGGUAUCCGCCAAGAAUAAUGAUGAAAGCGGUGCCAGUAUGCCAUCUGUUCAACUGAAGAGGAACCUUGGUGUACACAAAAAUAAAAUAUGGGAUGAGUGGCUCUCUCAAAGCAGUUUGAUCGGAAGGGUAUCUGUUGUUGCUUUACUGGGUUGCACCGUGUUCUUCUCUCUAAAGCUAACAGGCAUUAGGUCUGGUAGACUACAGAGGCUGCCUAUAUCGGUUUCUGGUAAGCCGCAUUCGGAAUCAGAUUCUUUUCUGUGGAAAACCGAGUCUGGGAGUUUCAGAAAAAACCUUGCUUCUGUGAAUAGAAAUGGUAUCGUGGGCAACAUCAAAGUGCUCUUGGACAUGUUAAAGAUGGAUCAUGGCGAACAUCCAGAUGCCUUGUAUCUGAAAAGCUCUGGUCAAUCAGCUACAUCAUUGUCUCAUUCUGCGUCAGAACUGCAUAAAAGACCAAUGGAUACAGAAGACGCGGAAGAGCUUGUGAGACAGUGGGAAAAUGUUAAGGCUGAAGCUCUUGGACCAACACAUCAAGUUUAUAGCCUUUCCGAAGUCCUUGAUGAAUCCAUGCUUGUCCAGUGGCAAACGUUGGCACAAACAGCAAAAGCUAAAUCCUGUUAUUGGAGAUUCGUUUUGCUUCAUCUAGAGAUUCUACAAGCACACAUUUUCCAAGAUGGUAUCGCUGGUGAGACUGCAGAAAUCGAAGCCCUUCUAGAGGAAGCAGCAGAAUUAGUUGAUGAAUCUCAGCCCAAAAACGCAAAAUAUUACAGCACUUACAAGAUCCGCUAUACGCUGAAGAAGCAAGAAGAUGGAUCGUGGAAAUUCUGCCAAAGCGAUAUUCAAAUACAGAAGUGACAAUAUCCCUCAGAAAAAAGCUCAUUAUCUAACUAAAGGUUGUAGCAUCAACAGUAGAACAUGGGAUCAUUUAGCCUGUGUUCUGGUUUACCUAGCGGUGUAGGAAAGUCUCAGGUUUGUUUCUUUAUUCCUUAGUAACCCAAAGGAUUUGUCCUUGUAGAUUCCUUUGAUUUCAAUGUGUUUGUGGAUAAAACAAACUUUUUUUUUUUUUUUGUUAAUGUAAAGCGUUACGGCGUUACCGGUCAAAUCAAAUAUUUUCUUAAAAUAGUUAAAAAUAUAAAAGGGA